GUAUUUUAUUGUGGGAGUCGGUCUCUGCCUGGGAGUCACAACCCAGGGACCGCGCCUCACUCUGCGCAUGCGCACUCAGAGCCCCAGCACCAUGUCAGAGCGCAGGGAUGAGGCGGAUGAAGUGAAAACUCUCAGAUGAGGACGUGAACGAGCAGGGGUCGUGGGCAACGCUGCACAGUCACGGAGGGGCUGGUUACACAACAACAACACAACAACAACAACAACAACAACACAACAACAUGUUUGCCAAGAAGAAGAGAUCAGCUCAGCCCAGAGGCCAGGGCGCUGCUGCAGCCAGACAGAUGGGUCUGUUCAUAGACCUGGACCCGGAGGAGAUGAUGAGUCUGGAGGAGAAUCUGGACGACUCAGACUUGGAGGCUGAACUCGCGUCUAUCACUGGAGAAAAGGCAGCUGUCAGAGGGAGAGCCAAGCAGAAGGGCAAGACCCCUCUGCCCAUGGAAGACAUCGCUAGGAUGGCUGAUGAGUGCAUGAGAGAUGUGGAUGACGAUGACGAUGAUGACGUGGAAGAUGACGAAGAUCUGUUGGCAGAGCUACAGGAAGUGGUGGGUGAGGGGGAAGCUGAGGAUGUAGCAACUGUUUCCUCCUCAUCUUCUACCACCGCUGAACUCUCUGAAGCUGUAACACGAGACUCUGCACCAGCGCAGCAGCAGGAAGUAAAGGUGUCCUCGUCGGCCCCCGGCAGCCUCCAGCACACCCUGGAGGAGCGGAUCGCCAUGUACAAGACGGCCUCGCAAAACGCCAAGAGCGCAGGAGAGACCUCGAAAGCCCGGAGGUUCGAUCGCGGCCUGAAGACUUUGGAGACGAUGCUGGUUGCGGUGAGAAAGGGGAGGCCGGUGGACGAGGCAGAAAUCCCUCCCCCUGUCGCCACUGGAGCCCAGAGGGACACCCCUCGUCCCGCUGUUCCUGCACGACCUGCCCCCCCUGUACCAUCGAGUCCCCAAUCUCCAGAUCAGCCGGGGGAGCAAUCGGAGGCCACAACGCCACGGCCUGCUGCACCAGAGAUCGUCACGCCCACCAGUGAUGAGGAGCAGUCGUCCUCCGCCACCACGUCCCAUCUGAGCAGCGUCCCGUCUCCAGAGGAGCAGACAGAGGGACCUGCUCUGGUGCCGCAAACCGGUCACACAGAUGCGACCGCGGCGACCAAGACGCUGCUUCUGGAGAGGCAGAACGAAUUCAAGAUGGCCGCUCUAAGAGCCAAGAAGCAGGGAGACGUGGAGCAAGCGAAACUUUACUUCAGGACCAGCAAGAGGUUCGAUCCGGUGAUUGAGGCGUUGGAGAAAGGACAAGAAAUCGACCUGAGCGGCCUCCCUCCAUCUCCAGGACAGGGUUCAGGAGGAAACUCUGCUCCAGUGAAGGAACAGACCUCAGGUCCAAACACACAGGUCACCCAACCAGUUGCUGCACCUCCAGCCCCUGCGCCUCCCAAAGACGUGCUGGAGGCUCUGGAGCAGAGACGAGCCAAGUAUGUGGAGGCGUCGGCUCAGGCUAAAGCCAGUGGAGACGACCGCAAGGCCCGAAUGCACGACCGCAUUGCCAAGCAAUACCAGAGCGCCAUCCGAACACACAAAGCAGGAAAACCUGUGGACUUUGACGAGCUGCCGGUUCCCCCUGGAUUUCCUCCAAUCCCAGGCCAGAGGGCGACAGCAGCUGAGCAGGGAUUUGUCGCUGCUCUGGAGGCGGCCAGUAAGAUCGCCGAUGCAGAUACAGCUGAAGCUCCAGAGGAAGAGGAGGAUGAGGAGAAAGAAGAAGAGUCGAAGCCCUUUGUUCCAGAAGAGACAAGGAAAGGAACGUUAGACGUCCCCACCGCAGGUCAGGGACGGAAGAGAACUCCUUCAGCUUCUCCUGACAGAUCCGCUGCAAGAGAAGCAAUGUCCCCAACAGUGGUUCAGCAGCUGGAGUUCCUGGAGGGUCGGAAGAAGCAGUACAUGAAGGCCGCUCUGAUCGCGAAGCAGAAGAACGACCUGGAGCAGGCCAAGAAUUUCCUCCGCACCGCCAAGGGCUUCGAGCCCAUGAUCGAGGCAGCGCGCGGCGGGAAAACUGUGGACAUCAGCACGGUGCCGUCGCCCCCUGGUGAUGAAGACGAAGACUUCAUCCUGGUUCAUCACAGCGACGUUCAGGGCUCAGAGAAAGCCGAGCAGGUUUACACUCAACUGGCCAAGAUCCUCAAAGAGCAGUACGAGAAAUGUAUGACUCACUCCAAACAGUUCACGCACCUGGGGAACAUCUCCGAGACUACAAAGUUUGAGAAGAUGGCGGACACUUGUAAGAGGAGCCUGGAGGUCCUGAAGCUGGCUCAGUCACGGGGUCUGCCUCCUCCUAAGCAUCACUUUGAGGAGAGGUCGUUCCACACGGCCAGGAUCUUUCCCGAGCUGAGCAGCACUGACAUGGUUGUUGUCAUCGUGAAAGGGAUGAAUCUUCCAGCACCGAGUGGAAUCCAAACCAACGACCUGGACGCUUAUGUGAAGUUUGACUUCCCCUACCCGAGCAGCGAGCAGCCGCAGAAACACAAAACAUCCGUCAUCAAGAACACAAACUCUCCAGAUUACAACCAGAGCUUCACGCUGUCAAUCAACCGCAACCACCGCGGCUUCAGGAGGGUGGUGGCGUCCAAAGGCAUCAAACUGGAGCUGCUGCACAAAGGAGGUUUCCUCCGGAGCGACAAGCCGAUUGGGACGGCCCUCGUGAAGCUGGACAAGCUGGAGUCCCAGAGCGAAAUCAGGGAAAUCGUAGAGGUGAUGGACGGUCGUAAACACACCGGAGGUCGUGUGGAGGUGAAGAUCCGCCUGCGGGAGCCUCUGAGCGGGCAGGACAUGCAGACGAGCACCGAGCGCUGGCUGGUGAUCGACAAGUCCCAGGUUCUCGUUUAGAAGAAGCUACAGGAUUAAAGAUAACUCACAAGAUACAGAAACACUCAGAGGAGGUGAAGAGAGACGGGCGUUUUGGAUCUGACUCUGACGAACGGUCUGUUGUUCAGACGCAGACCAACGUGGCUCUUUUCACAAGAAAAAACACACAAAAAAAAAAACGUUUGCACAUUUGCCGGACACGAGAGGUGAGGCUCACGCAGCCGUCUGCGAGCAGAGCGGUUCACAGAGGGUCGGCUUGACCUCGUGUCCGUCGACAGGCUGAGGAGCUGCUGUGGCGUCACGAUGCGUCGAGGAGAUCCAGAGACGGCUCCUCUUCCCUCCGCCUCCUGGAGGACGGCAGCGUGUCCCCGGGCUGAUGAAGAAGGGGCUCAGUGACGAGCUCCCCCUGAUCCUGCUGCCCGACUAUAGUUAAUAUAAUAGAGAGAAAAAAGAAUGUGUACAUAUUCUUCAUAUUAUACAGCUCUGGUAUCUAGAACUGCACCUAUGCACUAAUACCAAAGUAAUCACUGUUGCUGUAAAAUCCUGCAUAUUUGAAAUCGCCUUUAGCUGCCAAACCUGCUACGACACGACGGGUUCACGUGUGUGUGACGGGAGGUCAGUCGUCAGGGUUCUUCUUUAUUUCCCCACACUACUCCUCCGCUUCUCAGUGUGAGCGUUUCAGGCCGACGCAGCGACAUUACAGAUGUUCUACAGGAGUAAGCCAAGGAAAAGGUACGAUUAUUUAAGAGUUAUUUUACAGACCGCACUCCCUGUUGGCACCUUUCACUGAUUUAGUUGCUUUAGUUGUGUUAGACUGACAUGUUUGUUUACAGCACAAAUCUGAGAAACGAAGGUUUAAACAGAUUCGCUAUUUCGUGAGUAUUUCACGCUUCUCCACUUUCUCCCUUUGUGAAAAACUCUAAAAGGUCGUGGGUACGGGUUCUGCCAUCUCACGUUAGAGGUGUCGAGCUUCUCAUCUGCUUAAAGGAUCUGGAACUGUUUGUUUUCUAAACUAUGCAUCAGUUCUCUCACGUGGUGGAAACUGAAUGUCGAGAUGAGCCCGUCGGCGUCUUAAAGGGACGGUUCACCCAGAUUACAAAGAGGAAAUGUAAGAACUGGCAUUUUAUUCAAUGUGAAUCAUCUAAAGUUUGCAAGUCGUUUGUUUUUGGGGGGGAUGAAGAAAUAUACUUUUAUUUCACUGAGCUUUGUAACGAAAUAUAAAGAAUUUUGCUUCGUCCCAUCGUGUCACUAUCAUGGAAAAUACGUCAAAUAAGCCUGUUGCCAUUGGAUAAACAUUUAAAGUAAGAACUUUCUGUGAAGGGAUUUGUUUCCUGCAGAUUUCCCUAAAUCUGGAUAUUUGAUCAACUUGAAACUGGAUUGAAAAAGUUACCGACACCUGAAGCUCAUUCCCGAGUUUUAGCUUCCUUCAGCUCAUUGUUUUGGUUUCUCCACUUUCUGAGCAGAAACCAGAGACGAGCCGGUGAACAGAGGGAAGCAUUUAGCAGCUAAAGAGUCAAACAUUUCACUCAGCAGUAGGUGACGAGCUAAUAGAGGGUGAAAACUGCACGUGAAUGAGUCAGGUGACCAGAAACAAGAGUCCCAAUUAAUACCUUGAGAAUAUAUUUCUUUAAUUUGAGUGAACUGAUCCUUUAAAGCUUGAAUUUCAACCUUUGAAAUGAAAAAAUCUGACGAAAGACGCCGAAAAGAAAUAAAGUUCCGGAGUCGACCACAUGAAUUCAGUUUCCAACAGUUUUACCUCAACGUCUGCAACAUCAUCCAGUUAUCAACCGUUACCAUGGUCACAACAUUUCUGUUUCUCACUGUCAUUUACUGCACUUUCUAGUAAAACAUCAUAAAUCUCUGUAACUGACAUGAAGUUCACUUGACACUUUGUCCUAAAUAAUUAAAACACUGUUACCAAUC